UUCAGUGUAGUUAGCAGUAUCGAGUUUCUCAGUAAGUAAACAGGUCCGAGUGCUGAUGUCAGCAAAGCAUCGUGGGUCUCGGCAUGACGUCAGCAUACUGCUUCAGUUACGCGAUUAGGCGUAACGAACCGUUUCAGUCACGCGAACAGUCGCGGCCCUAUAGUAUGACGAAUAGGUCGCAUAGCGCGAUGGUGACAAACAGGUACAUUAGCGAACAGGUUCACUCUGAUAAGACUUCCGCUGUCUUACUAGUCUACCAUUCCAGCAAAGAUCCUUGGUUAAGUACUCGUGUUUGUAGAUUCUAUACUUAGUCUACUACAACACCAGACGUUUUAUUUCAUGGUAUGAGAGCUAUCUGGAAUUAAGACUACCGUCAACUAUGACUGGUUCAUCACCAGCACCAUCUGCUGGAUCAGUUACUGGGACUACUGGAGCACAUGUCUCCACUACUGCCACUGGUCUCUCAGCCUCUGGGCCAUUACCACCAGCCUACGCUAAUAUCGGUAUGCAACAGCAGAAUCCACCUUCUGUCAAUACUCCAGGUGCUCCAUCGACUGCACCUGCAGCGCAACAGCAACAAUCACAGACAUCAGCACAUCAACAAGCGUCGGUACAGCCACCAGUUUCAACGCAAUCGAUUUCAUCUGCGUUCAGUGGAAUGAGCCUUGACGGCUCAAGUUACAUGUGUGGAGCUACAACUCCAAGUACUGGUUCGUUCGCUUUCUCACCUUUCGUACAGCAGCCGCAGUCGCAGCAGUUUCAGCAUCCUUUCUAUAUCUUCGGUCGUUCCCCUGCUCAGCAACAACAACAGCAGUAUCAGCAACCACAGCCAGUACAGCAACAGCAACAAUAGCAGCAACAACAACAACAACAACAACAACAGCAACAGCAACAGCAACAACAGCAACAGCACGGCAUUGUUUUUCAGCCUCCAAAUUUACUUAACAAUACUCAGAUCAAGACAACCGUACCUUUUAAUGGUGUUGACUUCUACUCCUGGAGCUUUGAGUUUGAGCUUCUGGCGCAGUCCGCUGGGCUAUGGCCGUUCUUCACUGGCGAGUUUACGUAUCCUGUCGUGGGAACACAAGUGGAGCAGCAGAGUUUCUUGCACGCCUCUCUCGGGGCAUAUACAGUUCUUGUACGGAACCUGUCGCCGAAGGAGCAGCUCGGCGUCCGAUCUUUUCACUCAAGUUUUACACCAGCCGAAACUGCAUGGAAUUAUCGAAAGGGGUAUACAUGGCAAAGGAUACGAUAACAGUGAGUAAAAUACUUUCGCAGCUGACAAGUGUGCAGAUGAUGACAAACGAAAAUGUCAUGGACUACGUUAACCGUGUCCGUACACUACGCGAUCAACUGGAGAAAAGUGGAGGAUACUUCCCUCGUGAGAUGUAUCUCACGGUCCUUCUUGCUGGCCUUGGACCCGAAUGGCGACAGAUGCGCGCCUUCCUGCGUAUGAACCCAAACCUCUCCGAAGCUGAAAUUUCGUCGUAUCUUCAAGCAGAACAGCAAGAUCUUGACCUGCAGUUACAACGCAACAAAAAGAGGGAUAUACAACUCAGUUUCUAUUCAACAGCAACUCGACGUCCUCGACACUUCUGUCAAAUUUGCAACAAGGGAGGACAUUCUACCGACCGAUGCUAUUUUAACAAGAAGUAUUUACCUCAUGAAGAAUCGCAGAGGACGCAAUCAUCACAGCAACUACGACAGCCUUCGAAGCAGUUUUUGCAGAAUCCUACGCCUCCAAAAUCAGCAUCUGCAAUAUCAACACCACCAACGACACUCAGUUCUGCCCCUCCAAGCAACUCAUCAAAGCCGACAGCCACUACUUCAAACUCUGCCACUAAUACGGUAACUUCAAAUUUUCGUUUACCUACUUCAUCCACUCACAUGGUCAAUUGCAGUACAGAUACUGAUACUUGGUACUUGGAUAGUUGUUGUGGCCAUCAUAUGGUCUCUUCAACCAAUCCUUUCAUCUACAACCGUCGUCGACUUCUUCAACCCUGCCCAAUCACACUCGCCAACGGUCAAACAAUUUCAGCAGAAAAUAUCGGCAGUCUACUUUUGACAUCAAUCGAUACGGGAAAGUCUUUAUGCCUUACCAGCGUUUUACUCGUCGA